AUGCCAAAUUCUUUUUCUCACAUUUAUAAUAAUUUUGUAAAAUACUUGAACCUCAUUUAUAGAAACAAAGGAUCGCAUUCAAGGCUUGGACUAGUUAACUGUAUAAUAUUUGGACCAAUUAAAUUCUAUAACCAUGAAACUAAAGAACGCAAAUCAAAAACAAAACCUUCUUUCAAUUUUGGCUCACUUAAUAUUCGCUUCCAAACUAAACUACCAGAAUAUCUGUCAAAUAUUAUAGCAUAUGCUGAAUCGGAUAAUAAAGGUUGCUGUAGUGAAACAGAAUCUAAGGAAUAUGUUCUAACCGAUAGGGCAUUUGAGAAGAUAAAAUUUGAAAUUGAAACUUAUGAAGUUGUUUUAUUUAUGAAAGGAACAGCUAAGGAACCUGCUUGUGGAUUCAGUAGACAGGCGUUGGAUAUCCUAAAGACACUCAAAGUCGACACCAUUAGAACUGUAAAUGUUCUACAAGACGAAGAUGUUAGAAAUGGAAUAAAGGCAUAUUCAAAAUACCCUUACAUACCACAACUCUACGUCAGAGGUAAAUUUGUAGGAGGCCUAGAAAAAAUUUCAAAAAUGUUUUCCGAUGGAAGUCUUGAAAAACUUCUAAGAGAUGGAUAA